GAGAAUAAUCGCCUGUGUUGUUCGGGGGUGUGUGGACGCAGAUGUGGAGAAGUUUGGAGAGGCGAACAGAUGUGGAUUAACAGUGAAUCCUCUUCUAAACACUUUAAACCUUUAAGAGCAACGUCGGUGGAAAAUAACAGGUCGGGAGUCUCCUGGCUCCACUGAGAGGUCACGACAUGGACGCACUCAACCAGUCGACCGCGUUCACCUCGGUCUUCAACUCGAGCUGCCGCUUCGACGAGGAGUUUAAGUACAUCCUGCUGCCCGUGUCCUACAGCCUGGUGUUCGUGGUCGGCUUUGUGCUCAACGCUGCGGCCUUGUGGAUGUUCCUGCAGAUGCGUCCGUGGAACCCCAGCACGGUGUUCAUGUUCCACCUGGCCCUGUCCGACUUCCUGUACGUCCUCUCCCUGCCCACCCUCAUCUACUACUACGCCAACCGCAGCCACUGGCCCUUCGGGCUGGCAGCCUGCAAAAUAGUGCGCUUCCUCUUCUACGCCAACCUCUACAGCAGCAUCCUCUUCCUCACGUGCAUCAGCGUGCACCGGUACCUUGGCAUCUGCCACCCCAUCAAGGCCAUGACGCUGGUGAAGUCCCGUCACGCCCACCUGGUGUGCUGGAUGGUGUGGUGCGUGGUGAGCGUGUGCUUGGUGCCCAACCUCAUUUUCGUCACCACGUCCAGGAGGGACAACGACACCAUGUGCCAUGACACCACCAGCCAGGAGGCCUUCGACAAGUAUGUGGACUACAGCUCUGUGGUCAUGGUGCUCCUGUUUUGCGUCCCGUUCAUGGUGAUAGUGGUGUGUUACUUCCUGAUGGCGCGGACCCUGUGCCGGCCCAGGCGCGGAUUGUCCGGCGGCCAGCAAGGCAACGCCUCGCAUCAGAAAUCCAUCAAGCUCAUCGUGGUGGUGCUGGUGGUGUUCGCCGUGAGCUUCGUCCCGUUUCACAUCACGCGGACCCUCUACUACACCUCCCGCGUGCUGGCUCUGGACUGCAGGUUCCUCAACAUCGUCAACUUCACCUACAAGAUCACCCGGCCGCUGGCCAGUGUCAACAGCUGCAUUGACCCCAUCCUGUAUUUCCUGGCUGGGGAUCACUACCGCUCCAAAAUGAUGUCGGUCCUGACAGGAAAGAGACGGACGAUGAGCGGCCAAACCCCCGAACAGGCACAGACGCAGCUGAACAGUAACCGCGGAGUUGCUCUGGCCUAUUGUAACUCAGCCCUAAAAGCGACAGGAGAGGGACAGAGAUGUUGAUACAGCUUCAUUCAGGAGCAGCUGAGGAGUCUGGAACUAGUUUGCAGUCAAAUGUACUUUCAGUUUCUCCCCUGUAUAUUUCAGUAUUUGUGGUUAAGGUGCAUGACGACCACAUUUCACCACCACUCACUUUCUGUUAUGUUUCUAAAAUGAAGUUUAAAAGGAAGAGUAAACUCAGUUUGCAACAGACAGUACACAGACUGUCCAGUGUUGCUCUCUUCGGGAAAUGGUGCCUAUGCUGAAAAGAACUGGAGGAAUAUUAAAAGAAGCAGUUUUCAGACAUUCUUUUGGAGAAUUUGCACAGAAUUGGGUCCAGAUUUUCUCCGGAGUUUGUCUUUCACACAUGAACAACGCAACAGGAGACUCUCUGCUCAGACGUGUUUACAGCAACAUAUCAUCUCUGCAGCGUUCGGGUGAGGGCUGGUGCAGCAGGCAGAAAUUCAAUGUCUAGGUGUAUGGCACCAUUUUUUCUUGCAGAGAUAUUUGUAUUGUUCUUUCAACAUGCUCACUCCCUCGCUGUGAAUCCUACGGUGGAUCACCUGCUGUGUUCUGAGAAAAUACAGCCCAUCUGGACAAUGUCCUGAGAUUCAGUGCUUCUGUGAAAGCAGCGUGAGACAUGUGCCUUUAAGUAAAUCAGACGCCAGGACAAAGUUUUGAUUGGACACACACUGAUCUUAAUAUUAAAAUCAAUAUUACAUGUGAUAAAACUUUUACAGAUACUGGUUCUCGUCUAAGAAAUUGAAGAAGUUAUGAUGAAAUGAUCCUUCCUGUUUUUAUCAGCCGUGUCUGUGUGUUACCCAGAAACUGCAGCUCCAGCCACAGCGGCUCCUCUUCCAGCUGUUUUUGUUCUUCAGCGUUCACAGCUGCUGGCUCUGCUCAACCGUGAAGAAAAGGAGCAGUAGGACUGACCUGGAUAGGACAUAGCUUUUUUAUUUUUUUCAUUUUCAAACCACCCACGCCUCAUUAGAAGGAUACAGGAUUUUCCUUUCUCCCCCUUUCACCUUUGGGAUUGAUUCGUGGAAUUUAAAAGCCUUUUUUCUGAUAUCCGAACUCUAAACUGCUGCUUGAUAGUUUUGCAGGAUUGACAGUGAUUCACACGAGUUACUGUGGUUGUUGUCACAUAUCAUGAACUGAUUAUAGAGUUAAACUGUCUGUGAGAUCAUGGAAGUCUCAUUAUCAUCCUCAAUAAAAGGAGUAAUGGAUUUGUAUGAAUUACCGUGAAACAAAAUGCAUCAUUUCUCUAAACCGUACAUCUGUCAAGUGUCCACCUGCUGACACCUGAGCGGCUGCAGCACAGGAGGUGUUUCUCAGGCGAAAGCAAAGUUAUACUCCUGGAGAUAAUCCUCGUGAUGAAUCAGACUUCAGAGUCCUGGCACAGCCCUAUCUUGUUCUGGAUCAGGGUGUUGCCUCGAUAAAUACUGUAACCAUGAGGAAACUGUUUAACGUGAAUCAGUUAAAGAGGAGGAACUUGUUUUAUUUCGCGGACAUCGCUGUAUAGUUAGAAUAUCGAUAGUAUUGUGUGUGAACCCCUCUCAAAUCUGUGCUCUGUAUCGGCUUGUUCAUUGCAGUGCUUCACAUCUGAACAGUGACAAACUAUGGUUCAUCAGAAACAGAUACUCAUCACAUCUCAUGCACAUCUCAUGACUCUUUACAGUCAAGUUGUAAUGUACUAAAUGUUGCAUAUAUCUGCAGGCUACUUUACAUAGCAGAUUUAUUUUAUUUGGGGUAGUUUGCACCUUUACCACAUCAGCAAAUACUUGUACUUUCUCCUCUACUUCAUUUUUACUGUGCACUGUGUUACAUUUUUUAAACUUAACCAAUAACAAGAGGGGAAUUGAUUGACUGAUCCAAUCAGAGUGGGCAGGUAUCGUCAGACCCUGACAACAGCAGCAGCAGCAGCAUUGAUGGAGAAAUGGAUUCAGAAGAGGACAUCGCCAAGAUUGAGCUUUUAAUUAAAGUGAAAAUAAAAGUGUUUGCAGUUGCACCAUCUGCAGAAUUCUUUAUGAAUAUGAGUCUGUAUUAUUCUUGUAUUAAACAAAAUGUGCAGUUGACACA